CCUCAGUGUUUAGUGGGACCCACACCAGGUCAGGUUCACAUUCUGUCCCCUGACUCUCUUCCCUGCUGGGACACACUCAGAUACAGCGAGGCCCUCGGAGAGCGUCUGGACGUCAGUGGACUCUAGGGUGGGCGGAGGGGCCCGCGGCUGGGCUGAGGAUCGACCCUGAAGCAGGGAUGGAGACGUGGAAGAAGCUGUUUAAACGCGUGGUGUCUGUGAAAGUCAGGGAGUACGUGAAGGACUACUGCAAAAGGAACGGGCUGCUGACUCUGUCCGUGUUUGCCGUCAUCACCGGCUGCGUCCUCGGAUUUGUCCUGAGGACGUUCAACCUCUCCACGCAGGCAAAGAUCUAUUUCUCUUUCCCUGGAGAAUUAUUGAUGAGGAUGCUGAAGAUGUUAAUUCUGCCACUCAUUACUUCCAGUCUGAUGUCCGGCCUGUCGGCCAUGGACACGAGGGCCAGCGGCCGCCUGGGUGUCCUGACGAUAACCUACUACCUGUGGACGACCUUCAUCGCCGUGAUUGUGGGGAUCGUUCUGGUGCUGAUCAUUCACCCGGGGACGGGGCAAGAGAAAGACGGUCACCAUGGAAGCACGGGCCCCGUCAUGACCUCCGCCGACGCUCUGCUCGACCUCAUCAGGAACAUGAUCCCAUCCAAUCUAAUCGAAGCCACAUUUCAGCAGUACCGGACGGACCUGGUGCCAAGUGUGCAGAGCGCCAACGAGAAAGAGUCUCAGGCCAACUUCGUCUACGUCAUGCCUGAUUAUCACAACCCGCGGCUCGGCCACCCUGUUUUCUUGGAGAUCACUCCGGCGCCUGACAUCAAGUAUAAAAUCGUUCCCAGUACGAGCAAAGGCAUGAACGUGCUGGGGAUCGUCAUCUUCUCUGCAACCAUGGGUCUGCUGCUGGGGAAGAUGGGCGAACGUGGAUUGCCGCUGGUCAACGUGUGCCAGUGCAUAAACGAGUGCGUGAUGAAGAUCAUCAACGCGGCCAUGUGGUACUUCCCCUUUGGCAUAGUGUUCCUGGUCGCAGGGAAGAUCCUGGACAUGCACGACCCGGCCCACCUGGGAGAGAAACUGGGCAUGUACUUCAUCACCGUCCUGGCCGGUCUGUUUGUCCACGGCCUCAUCCUGCUGCCUCUCUUCUACUUCUUCUUCACCCGCAAAAACCCCUUUGUGUACAUCCGAGGCCUGCUGCAAGCCCUCGUCAUUGCUCUGGCCACUUCGUCCAGCUCAGCCACGCUGCCGAUCACAAUGAAGUGUCUCCUGGAGAACUGUGGGGUGGACCGGCAGAUCGCCCGCUUCGUCCUGCCGGUGGGAGCCACCAUCAACAUGGACGGGACGGCCUUGUAUGAGGCCGUGGCAGCUAUAUUUAUCGCCCAGGUCAAUGAGUAUGACUUGGACUUUGGCCAGCUGGUGACCAUUAGUAUCACGGCGACAGCAGCUAGCAUUGGGGCAGCUGGGAUACCUCAAGCAGGUUUGGUUACCAUGGUGAUAGUCCUGACCUCUGUGGGGUUACCGCCUGCUGACAUCUCCCUGAUCGUGGCUAUCGACUGGGUUCUCGAUCGUUUUCGGACGAUGAUCAACGUUCUGGGUGACGCGUUAGCAGCUGGGAUUAUGGCGCACUUGUGCAAAAAGGACUUUGACAAAGCAGCAGCUACUGCAGCCAAUUCUUCUGCCGGUUCUUCCGUCAGUAAGGAAAGGAGAGACACCGUGAUCUCGUUUGGCAAUCAGAGCGUGGCCAUGUCCGACGCACCUCUGAUCUCCCACCGAUGCGACUACGUGUUCGAGGUGGAUGGGGACAACGUGCUGGAGAGGCCCGUGCCCUGCUAUAAUCUCUGCCAAGUCUGAGCCUCCCCUGUUUUAUCGAGGGAACUGAAAAGGAUUCAAUGACAUUUAUUCACCUCAGGACGAAAUACUUAAAAGCACAGGGAGCUUAGUUCUGGGAGGGAAUACAGUACAUCUUCAGAGUCAAGCAAAUUGAGGUGUCAAGAAGGAGUGGCUUAACGUAUAUUUUGCCAGUGCCAUGCUGAAUUAAGAAAAUCUCCUUUACUGUAUACACUGGAUGAGGGGAGCAUAUAAUGUGUGACCUGAAGUUUGGGAUACUGAGCAGAAAGGAAGUACGAAUGAACCAAAUGUGAUGAGUGAAUACUGAUCAACCUGUGGUGACAAGCAGAUACAAGCAGUCCUUAUAGAGUUGACUCAAAAGUUUGAUUGUAAGGUUUUAAGCUGCCUUAAUAUGAAGUCAAUAAAUGGGAAGACUUGAAUGUUUAUAGAAACCAUUUAGAAAAAAAAAAAACAAACAGCAAGUUUAGACAUUGUACAUUAAAAAAAAUCUAUUAAUGCAUAAAAUGCAUUGAUAGCAAAAUCAAUGCAUAAAAGUUGAUCUGAAUGUUGAAUGUACAGAAUCAUAUCUGUUUUUAUACGUGUACUUUAAGAUUUGUGUCUGUUUUGUAAUAAAAUUCUGCAAUACUCAAAGAGAAGAUUUUGUUUUUCUACAUUUAAUU